AUGGAUGACUCUGUCCUUUUCAAUGACCUCGGUCCCUCUAAGCCCCCGUCGGCCUCUUUCUACGACGAUAUGUUCGACUCCUACUUCAACGACGCGGACGAGGCCCCCGAGCCCUCGCCUAAGGCUUCUUCCUCGCCGUCGACGCCGCCGCCCGUGUUCGACAAGCCGGUCUUCGACGACGAUCCUGACACGGCCGAUCCAUUCGACGCGAUCCCCUUGUUUGGAGGCGGCGGUGGCGGGGAAGGGGAGGACUUCCUCGGUGGCGUCGGGAGCGCGGCAAAGCCGGAGAGGAGGGAGUCGGAGGCGGUGGGUUUUGAUGAAGACUUGCUCCCUGGGUUGGGUGGGAGCACCAAUUCGACGGAGGAGCCGGUCAGGGAGGUGGAGCGGGACCGUCAGCCGGUGGGGUUCGACGAUGAUUUGGUCCCUGGAUUUGAUAGGAGCAUGAAGCCGGCGCCGCAAAUGGAGCCUGUGGCGUUUGAUGAUGGUGUGAUCCCUGACAUUGGUGGAGGCACGAGCCAUCCCUAUUCGGCAAGGGAGGAACCUAUAAUAAGGCAAGAAAGUGAAUCAAUUUCAUCCAGCAAAAUGAGUAGCACGCCAGAAGAUCCUUUCGUCAUUUUAGGUGGUACACACAGAUCGGGAUAUUCAUCUUUUGGAUUGUUUUCAGAUCCUUUGAAUAACAUCGGCAUGCCUGUGAAGGAAGGGAACACAAAAGUUGAUGCGCCUGAUAAUACCAGUGGGAUAUUUCAGGGGUCUGAUAUCUUUACUGACUUUCCAAAAGCCAUGCCACCCUUUUCGUUUACAUCUGAAAACCAGAGUGAUAUAAAUGAAAGGAGAUAUGCUGAAAACAUAAAUAGCAUGAGUCUCUCUGAUCGGACAUUAAACCCAUUUGCUGGGGAAGACGAUUUGUUAGAGGCAAAUCAAUCUUCACAGAGGCCUAAUGAUGUGUGGGUAACUGUUUCUGAUAUUGCUCUAGUGACACUACCUAGAAGUGCACCGCCUCCUUCACGGCCGCCACCUCCACUUGCUGCUAAGAAACCACCUACUGAAUCUGUAAAUCGUAAUCAAGGCUACCAUCACUCCGCAUGUUCAAACACUUCUAAAACAUCCCAAAUUGAUGAAUUGGAAGAUUUUUUCAUGGCAAAGCCUGCUAAUUUUGCCAAUGGUCAUCCACAAGUUCUAAAGCAUGAAGGAAACGGGCAUUAUCCAUCUGCAGCUACUGCAAGUUUCAUGGACUGGACUGAGAUGGGACACUCUAAAGGGGGGAACCAAGGGGCAUUUGAUUCUAUGUUCACCAGCAAUCAAUAUAGACAGCCAGAAAUAGAUGAGAAAGCAGAAGUAUGUGCUCAUGAAAUGGAAACCACAGAUGAAGAAGAGAGAUUAGAAAAUGAACGAAUACAAAGAGAACAUAAAGAGGAGCAAAGAAGAGCAGAAAGGGAGAGGGAAGAACAGCUUGAGAGGGAAAGGGAAAAGGUGAGACAAAGGGAACAAGAGGAGCAGAGGAGGCGUGAAAAAGAGAGGGAGGCCAGGCAAGCUGUAGAUAAGGCUGUACGGGAGGCACGUGAAAGAGCAGCUGCUGAAGCACGCAUGCGAGCUGAGAAGGAGGCUCGUCAAAGAGCAGAGCGAGCUGCCGUAUGGAAAGCAACAACAGAAGCUCGUGAGAGAGCUGCAGUCGAGGCAAGGGAAAGAGCUGCAAAGGCUGCUGCAGAAGCUAAGGAAAGAGAAGCAGCAGAGGCUAGAGAAAGGGCUGCAAAGCAAAGGAAAGAGCUGCCAGGGCUGCUGCUGAAGCUAGAGAAAAGGAAGCAGCAGAAUUUCAGGAGAAAGCUGCUGCAGAAGCUCGGGCAAAAGCUGAGCGAGCUGCUGUUGAGAAAGCUGCAGCAGAAGCACGAAGGAGGGCUGAAAGAGCAGCUUUCGAGGGUUGCUGCUGAAGCUCGGCAAAGGGCUGCUAAUGAAGCUAGAGAAAGGGCUGCAGCUGAAGCACGGGCAAGAGAAAAUCAGCAAAGGAGAGCAACAGCAGAACCUGAUCUCGAGUCAUUCUUUGGCAUGCCUUCUAGAUCAAGCAGUGUACCGAGAUCAUACAACAACACAACAACGAAUCCUUUCGAUGUUCAGCCUCAUGGCAAUGCUGAUUCUGGUGGUGUAAGGACAUCUUCCAGUUCAGCUUCUUCCUUUACUCAGUCUUCGUCAAGCAAUCUUAUGGAUGGCCUAUCUUCUAUAUUUGGAGCACCUUCAUCAUCUGCUGUAUUUCAAGAAGUGGAUGGAGAGAGUGAAGAAAGAAGGAAGGCAAGACUGGAACGACACCAAAGAACGAUGGGGCGUGCGGCAAAAGCUCUUGCUGAGAAGAAUGAGCGUGACUUGCAAGCUCAGCGGGAGCAGGAAGAGCGACAUAGAAUUGGUGAAUCACUUGAUUUUGAGAUAAAGAGGUGGGCUGCUGGCAAAGAAGGCAACCUACGGGCCUUACUAUCAACAUUACAAUAUAUUCUUUGGCCAGAAUGUGGUUGGCGACCUAUAUCAUUGACUGAUCUGAUUACAGCAGCAUCUGUCAAGAAAGAAUACAGGAAAGCAACAUUGUGCAUCCAUCCUGAUAAAGUGCAGCAGAAGGGGGCAAAUCUUCAACAGAAAUACAUUGCAGAAAAGUUUUCUCAACAUUUCAACUACAAAAGCUCAUUGCUGCUGCUGUGCUUCUAA